AUGAAGGCCUUGAUCCUUGUGCUGACGGUGGCGUCGACGUCCUGGGCCGCGAGUCCGCCAGUGGACGGCUAUGACUACUCGGGCCCCGUAGGGCAGGGGUCGGGGUCGGGCUUCCAGUGGGACGUCAACGACGGCCCCUCCCGCAACUUCUACGGCCACGGCGAGGAAAGGCAGAAUGACGACACGCAGGGAAGGUACUACGUGCAGCUUCCCGACGGACGCCGCCUGGUGGUCGAGUACUUCGUGGACAGCGCCGGCUUCCACCCCACCGUGUCGUUCGAGGGCGAGAUCACGGCCGGAGGCCAGGGCCAGUAUGGCCAGGGACAGGGCGGAGGCGGAGGCGGAGGAGCAGGAGGACAGGGAGGAGGCGGUCAGUACGGAGGUCAGGGCGGAGGCUCCGGAGGGUUCGGCCAAGGUCAAGGGUCAGGCUUCUCGGGCUCGGGGGCUGGGUCGAAGCCGUCCCUGGCCUACGGGACGCCCUCCAAGUAA